AUGACGGUUGUUAAUGCUUACCACAUAGGUCUCUCAAUCUCGGAAUUCAACGAUGCUGCCAAAUUAGCACUCUGCCUGUCUGACAGUGCUGCUUCCUUCCACAACAACCAAGAUGUCAAUCUUCAGGAUUCAGGAUCGAAAUUCUCGGAUCAUGCAGUCGCUACAAUCUGGAAAUGGCUUGUCCGGCGGACCGAUAUAUCCAUUGGGCCUCGCCGAAAUUUCAACCACUUAACGUUCUCAGAGGUGUUGGCAUUGGAAAAGCCCAGCAAGGGUCGGAAUACUCGCCCGGAGGUAGAUUCUGCCAACCGCAAUGGGCGGGCGCAGCAAGCCAUUGUAUCUACUGCCUUGGGGCGUGGCGAGCACAAUGUCAUUCGAAUAUACGCUUCUCCGGAGAUAAUGUGGGAGGCUAUCACUGGACAUGCGAUAGAUUAUAAGCGCGUCCCUCGUUCCGAAUGGCUUUUGCUUCUUGGCAUCGCCUCAACGAAGGCACAGGGGAUAUUGCAAGGUGACCUUGGUCGCCUGGUUGACCAAGACAAACGCUCAGUACCAAAGCGAACGGAUGCACUAGUCAAGAAAGGGUAUAUCACCAAGCGAACGACUCUUGUUCGGGGAACAAAAACAAGCAAAAUGUGGCUCAAAUUGUUUGCUCCUCCAUUGCCAAAAGACAGGAGCGCAGCCGCGGAACCGGAAGCCGAGAUGAAUCUUUCCCGCCAGGUCCUUGCCAUUAACCUCGAAGCUGUUCCUUGGCACACGAGAUGGACUGGGGAGUCUGUCGAUUACACAGCAUUAGCAACCACUAUAAUGGCAAUCUGUAAGGAAUGGGGUGUUUUACGCAUGCAAGAUUUGAAAUCGAAGUUGGGUGUUCUUGGCAUGCGGUGGCAAAUGAAAGUGGUUUCCAAAGUCUGCCGAUUUCUGAAUGCGCGAGAUGCGAUCCGUUAUGUUGCUGCAAAAUUGAACAACAAAGUUUUCAAUGACUGUGUUCAGUUCAAUCGUGAUCUGACACCCAAAGAUUGGUCUAUAUUCCUCGCAACUGGAAAGCGGGCCGGCAAGCUUGCUAGGUCCAGCGAACUCUAUAGCCAAGAUAGCCAAGACGUUACCGACUCCCUUUUCAAUCAAACAGCCUCUUCAAAAUGUCUAGAGGUCGCUCCAACGUGGUCAUCAGAUCAACCCUUGGCUGCUACUAUUACAAAAAGCAUAAUGGCGUGCGGCGAGGCAGGUUUGACGAAUCCGGAUGUGUAUGGGCUUACGCUAGGUGUAUCUUUUACACGUUUUUUAUCCUCCUUAACGACAUGUAUUUCCACGCCAAAUAUCCAGCCGGCUCAGCUACAGCAUCUUCAAGUGAGGAGUGAGCACUCGAGAGCUGGAAAAGUUGCAUCAUAUAAAUACUCGCUGCCGUCUCUUCCACAGGCUUCGCUUUGGGGGCUUCAGUCGCCAGAUACUUUGCCAACCAGUGUCCAACAGGAGGAUCACGAGGGACGAACCGACUCACACCUAUCAUACGGGUUCUCACAAGAAUUAUAUUCCAUUGGAAGUUCAAAGUUAGCUAAUCUCAGUCAGGCUAACUUAUCUCAAAGGAGACAGAGAGGCAGGCCUCGGAAGAUUAGAGCAGAGCAUCAGGUUGAUCAGAAUAGUGAUCAAAACAGUCUACAAAAGGCAUCGCAUAGCAGCCAUCCAGGUGUCGAUCUCGCAAAUGAAGAUGACACUGAUGCGAGAGACUCAAUGAUCAUCAAGUUAAAAGCACCACAAGAUGCUCUAGAAGAGCUCAUGAACCCGCCUCCUGAACCGCAGGUAGCUAGUCAAGAAACCGAUCUCAUUGAAUCCGAGCCAGCAACAGCAGAAGCAGCGCCGGACAUCCUCGCUGGCGAUCUAUCUGAAGUCAUAAAUACAUCGUCAUCACCUAAUUUACGAAUGCCUAUGGAAUCCCCUCGAUCUAUAGGUCGUGGACGGGGCCGAGGGCGUGGCCGAGGAUUAAGCCGCCUUAGUAACAGGGGGCAGGCUGAAUCUUUUACCAACGACACAGUCAAACGCAAAGGGUGGAAGUGUGACAAGUGUGGCAGGACUUGGAAGAAUGAUAUCGGCCUGAAAUAUCAUCUCGAAAAGUCUCAAACUUCUUGUAACCCAUCUUAUAGCCCGUCUAAUGUCGAUGGAUUCCGCAGAGAGAUUAAGUCUGCCCCUCGUUCAACGAGUGCAACCAAGCCGGCCGAGAUCCCCCAUGCGGCUCCUGCCCCAUUGACAAGGGCUUCACGUCGGGUGGACAUGGGUAAACCAACUGAACAGAAAGAAGGUGCAGAAAAGGAACAAGAAGAUGACGACGUAGAGACCUCGAGAUUCAGGCUGUCACCAGCAGAAACGAGACUCAGAGUUGGUAAAUAUUCACAUUAUACGACAUCACCAACUGGUCUCCGUCGCCCAAAAGAGAUUUUUAGUUUCAGUCAACUUUUCAAUGCCCAAUCCAAUCCAGACCAUAGAAACGCUUUGAGUCUUUCGUCUCUUCCACAGGAGCAGGUUGCUAUUCUACGGGUGGAUAUGAGGCAAUCAAAUCAGAUGCUUGGCUUAAAAAAUCGAAAAUCUAAUACCAACCAAUUGGAGACCCUUUCAGUUACCGGACCUGACUUGAACCAGCCUAGACAGCAUUCAAGCUUCACCCCCCUUGUCAGAGAGAUAGAUGUUUCGGAGAAUGCCGAGAAAACAUGUAAACCUGAUUAUGAGACUACGUCCCCAGCAUAUGGCACAGACAAGACAGAGGUGAGAACGGCUACCAGCGAGCCAUCAAAUGGGCCCGUGUCUGGCAAUACGGCAAGUGGGGUUUCAAAGAAGAAGCCUCUCAGAAAUGAGGUUACUGACCAAAUCUCUGCACUUCUGAUGGAUAUGCUCGCCCAACGAGAUGGCGUCCUUCCCGGAGGGCAUUCUCUUUGGCAUGCUCUCACCACCGUAUGGAAUACUAGACAUCCCGAGAAACCAGUACCGAAAACGAAAGACUACCAGGUGGCUCUAAAUCGAAUGAUCAAAGCCAAGUCAGUCCUAGAGCAUUGGCAUGGCUUUCAAGAUCAUAGUGGACUCUUCUCCAAAUGCCAGAUCAUUACGUUGCCGCAUCUUGAUGCCUUCUCUGCGGAAGCGCUGAAUGUUGUGGAGAGUAUUAAGCAACAGCACCCCCGGCUCUUCAUACCCACGCCGUUUCGGUCUUCGGGCAAUGAUGUUGAAUAUGGAGAGAGGAAGGAGAACCGCCGAGGACGUCGUAUUCUUGCUGGUGAAGUUGCACAGCUGGACGCUCCAGUGUAUGCUGCUCAAGCCUCAGCCAAGAGGCGCCACGGGAUGAUGAGCGACAUAACCACUCCAAACAAGCGAAGGAAAUUCGCUCAUGCCGGUUCAAAUAGUCCAGAUAUCGCAUCUCUUUCCACUGCACCCCACGACAAGUAUCAAGUGAGAUGGGCUGCAACCAGCUGGCCGUCCGACAAUGCUGAGGCCUCAAGUCAAAACAACCGCAGCAUGGUUCAUCCGACUCAUGAAGCAAAGAUACAAUUCUUGGCACCGAACGUAUUCCUAGAUGACGAUUGGUCUAUUAACGAUCACGGAAUGCCACAAGGAAUAGCACGGCCCCUCCGAUUUUCUGAUACGAAUGCUACAUUCGAAGACUCAUCCACCGCUGUCGCCGUAAAGGUUACUAUGACCGAAUCUAUGCAAAUUUCGGCUAAGGAUGGAAACUGGCCAUAUCUCGAAUUGCAUUUUUUUGAGGAAAAAAGCACCAGCUCUAGCUUCACAUUAUGUGGCUGGAUGCCUGAUGCAGAGUGGUUUCGUUGGGCUGAUAUGGUCCAAGGCCUUGACAAACGUAUAUCCGAGAAUGAGACUGGAAGUCUAACAUACGCUUUUAAUACCGAAGCUGCUUACGACGGAUUCAUGAAAGGGUUAAUCGAUUGUCUCGAUCUAGAGCUAGCUCAAAGAGAGCAGUUCAUCAACGCAUCACCACUGGCUGCUGGUCCAUACAAUUUAUUCGUGAAUCUUUCAGCUGGUUUCGAAAGUGCUACUUCAUUAUCUAGUCUAAAGUGGCAGCGCCAGGGGCCAUUAAAUCCCCAAUCUGUUGACCGGAUUUUGCACGAAUCAGACGCCUUGACAUCAAGCGAUGACGAAGACUCCCAGUUCAGCUUGGAUGCUUCAGUCCUAAGAUAUUCAAGGCGUCCCCUGAAUGCUGGCGACAUGGCACAAUCAAGGAUCAAAAGGGUGGCUCUGAUAACUCGCCCACUUACCUCAAUAUCCUCAAGGGAAACACACAGGAUAGACGAACCGGGGGCACUGGAGAUAGAGGACGGCCAGUUGGCAAGCCAAGGAGACCUCAUGGCCGCCUUUGUCGUCGUCCGAGUCUUGCUUGGAGGUGCAGAUAAAGCCAUCGAUUGGGGCCUUUUACUUCAUAUCUUCCCGAACAUGCGGCUGGCUGGCUUGCGUAAAUUCUGGGCAGCCGCAUGUAAGGAGCAGGGGCCUCAUAUAAAAAAAUUUACCCGAGAUGUUCAAGAACGGCUGAUCGAAGCUUUUGAAAGCCUUGAACUCCCUAUGCUAGACUUUGAAAAUCCGAUUGAAUAUGAUUGGCAAAUCCUUAUUAAAUGGGCGACUAGGAUCUCUCGCCAGGAAGGCUAUCAAAUCCCGCGGACAAGAGCCCUUCUUGCCCACCGAUUCUUACUCAAAGCCAACAGAUCUAGCGAGGAAGAUUGGUGUGAGAGAUACUUCCAUGCUCAAUCGUCGAUUUUUUCCAGGUUUGAGGCGGUCACAUCAGAACCCGGUGCACUUCCAGUCAAUCGAGCCUUUGAUUGUAUUGAUGAUAAUGCCGAGGCCGCGAAUGCAGAUAUUGCAAGGUCAUGGAUCAAGUCACUUUGCUGCACCGGCGAAGCGAAAUACUCUGUGCGAAAGAUUAAAGAAAAAUUUCUCACUUUGUCAGGGGAAGGCACAGAACAAGGCUCGGUACUACUUAAGGAAGCCAUCGAUGAACUUACAGCUCAAAGGGUCAUUUGCAGGAGCAAAAAGACGCCAUUUGGAGGGCGUCCAUAUAGGCUGAGCGAAUGGUAUCUGUCAACGUUGAGCAGGGUGGCGCAACGCUCAAAAUACGAAGAGGCAGCAGCUUUCAAAAUACGCAUGGAUAGCAUAUUCCGUACGGGUGAGGCGUUUGAGAUACCGUACACUCUGAAUGACGGCUCUAUGAUGGCACUAACGAACUUGAAUGCCGCCGGAAGAAUUACACUUGCUCCAUUGAACAUACCGAAUAUCCCCUUUGGGUUCGAGCCGGGCAAUUAUGAGAGUCGAAAGUAUCCUAAAUCUUAUUAUCAUUUCCGACUUCAGGCUGUUCCAACAGACCUGUACCAGUACAGCGAUGGCAUUGCCGUGCUACAAGCUGUGACGAAAGAAGAUUUGCCCUCUACGACUUCGAAGGGGGAAAUACCUCAGUGGAUUGACUUUUUGGGGGAGAAAGACAGCAAGAGGUGGUCCGAUAUAUUGGGAGCCAUUUGUUUUACUUAUGCCACCAAAGGACCCAUGGCUAUCAGAGACGUUUGUAACUCUUUGCGGCCGAUUCUUGAUGAAUUUGAGGCGAGUCUCAUUGUAAGCUGGGGCAUGAAAACCGGCGUUUUUGAAGAGGCCAUGGGUGGAUUGGCUGUAACUGUGGGAGAGUGGUGGUGGCUGGCUGUACCAUGGCAAUACAGUCGACAAUGA